AUGCUGACUCUUGGUAUCACGAUUGUCUUCUUGACGUUUGCUUCUAUGAUUAAUGGAGAAGUAAAGACAUAUGUCGAUAAUGGUAAGUUAUGUACUGCUUGGCAAUAUGCUACUGGUGCAGCAGUUGUAUUUGAUAACUCACAAUGUUCAAGUAGUAUACAACAUGAACUUGCAAUGUCAAACAAUAUGAUUAUUCUUCGUUUCUGUUGCACAUAUCGUGGUACAACUAAUCCAGUAGUCAAUCCUGUACCAAACGGAUGUGGUCGUCAAGCAGUGACUCCAAUACGUACACGAAUUGUUGGUGGACAAGAAGCAGUACCACAUUCAUGGCCUUGGCUUGUUUCUAUUCAAAAUCGUAGAGGUCAUUUUUGCGGUGGCACUUUAAUUGAUGCAUAUCAUGUCUUAACUGCUGCUCAUUGUCUUCAAGAUGGACCAGAAAGUGUGUCAGAUUUACGUGUUGUAGCUGGUCUUCAUUCAAGAAGCAGACCAGAUCCAGCACGAGUUCAAACUAAACAAGUUGCUGGAUUUAUUAAUCAUAAUGAUUAUGAUCAUGACACAAGUGAAAAUGAUAUUGCUAUUAUACGUUUAGCUUCACCAGUUACACUCAAUAGUUAUGUUAAUAUUGCUUGUCUUUCUGCAAAAGAUCCCGCUGUAAAUGAAAAUGUUAUUGUUGCUGGUUGGGGUACAACAACAUAUGAAGGUUCAUCACCAGAUGCACUUCGUCAAGCUGGUAUUCUUGUUAUGGAUGUAUGUAGAUAUACAUAUGGAAAUUAUGAUACUAACAAACAAUUAUGUGCUGGUAAUUAUCAAUAUACAAAGGAUUCAUGUCAAGGAGAUUCUGGUGGUCCACUUGUUUCCGAAGUAAAUGGUCAAUGGAUACUUAGUGGAGUUGUCAGCUAUGGUGAUGAAUGUGCUAAAGUGAAUAAACCAGGUAUUUAUGCUCGUGUUAGCUAUUAUCUUCCAUGGAUUCGACGUGUAAUAUCAAAUUUAUCAGGAUAA